AUGGCUCUUCAGUGGAAUGGCCUGCUGAGUAGAAAGUUAUCAUCUUCAUCUUCAAUUUCAUCAUUGCCUUCAUGGAUUUCGACCCACAUACAUGGCAGUGCUACUGUGACAAGAACCAUAUGGACCGUCUCUCCUCUCUCUAUGGGCAGACGUUCCAGCAAAAUCGCUGGCCGAAAGGGGGCUCAAGAUGCAAAGAAGGCAAAGCUGUAUGCGAGGAUUGGGAAGGAAGUUGUGUCUGCUGUAAAGAAAGGUGGUCCAAGUCCUGUAUCAAAUACGGCACUAGCUACUGUGCUGGAGAAAGCCAAGGAGCUUGAUGUACCCAAGGAAAUUUUGGAGCGCAACAUUAAGAGAGCAUCUGAGAAAGGACAAGAAGCUUACAUUGAGAAAGUAUACGAGGUAUAUGGAUUUGGUGGAGCUAGUAUGGUAAUUGAGGUUUUGACCGACAAAAUAAACCGAUCUGUGGCAGCAGUUAGAGAGGUGGUGAAGGACUGUGGGGGAAAGAUGGCAGAUCCGGGAUCUGUUUUGUUCAAAUUCAGGCGUGCUCGGGUUGUAAACGUAAAAGUUUCAGAUGCUGACAAAGAUCAACUCCUUUCCAUUGCUUUAGAUGCUGGUGCUGAGGAUGUUAUUGAACCGCCAGUAUAUGAAUAUGAUACUGAAGAAGAUAUGUCAGAAAGCUAUUAUAAAAUUGUAAGUUCAGCAGAGAACUACUCUACGAUACUUUCCAAGCUACGUGACGAAGGAGUAAUUUUUGAGACGGAUAAUGGUUCUGAGCUACUUCCAAUAAGCACUAUUGAGGUAGAUGACGAGGCCUUGGACUUGAACAAGGAACUUAUGUCCAAAUUACUUGAGCUUGACGAUGUUGAUGCAGUGUAUACUGACCAGAAGUGA